CUCUGGGAGUAACGUUAAGUUUCCUUUUGAAGAGCGAAGUGUACGUGUUAUUUCACAAGAGUGACAGAGAAACAAAAAAAAACCCCGUCCAAUGUAUUUUCUUCUCUCUCUGUCCCCCAAAAGAGUUGACCAAGUGACGGGAAGGCUGAGUAAAACGCUGAGGUCCCGCCCAUACCUGAGUCCCAGUGAGGUCGCUGGUUGGUUGGGAAGGUGGGAACGGCUGGAGGGGAGACUGAAGGUUGCAUUGGGUUUAUUAGCAGCAGCAGCAUUCUCGCUAGCGGAGGAGCUCGCUGUGUGUGUGGAUUACAAUUAUCCAGAAGCAGCCACGAGUCUUUCAUCGUGUGGAUUGCACUCAACUCCUUGUGAGGCGGCCCCCAGUCUGUGUGUGCAGCGAGAGGGAGGAGGUCAGACUGGCCGCUACGUGUUGAUUCAGAAACUGCGCGACAGUGAGCGCCAAUUGUUGGCCAACGAGAGCCCUCUCCAACUAUUGGCCAAAUGCGGGCAGUAUGCCAACGACGUCUGCUUCCUGUUACGCCGCACCGGCUCAACUCAGUCCGACAGACCCAACUCGGGCAACAGUGCUCAGACUCCGGAACCUUCUCUCAGCAGGACUGCUCCCAUCCCUGCUAAAUCGACCAAUCCCGAGCUCCCGAAGCGGCAUGUGCCGAAGAAAUCCCUGACGUUUACAGGGGGAGCGUUGGGCGGUCCCGAUCUCACUGUGCGGAACAAAUGGCGGGGCAAGAAGCCGAACGAGGCAGAGGCCCGCGACAAUGUCUCCAAUACUCCGAAGAGCAAGGAAGAUCUCUUCAAACUGAUUCUGAUUCAGCAGGAGCAGCUCAACUCUGUGUCUGCCCAGCACGAGUCCUUCGACAGCCAGAUUAAAUCCUGGGAGCAGUCUGGCAUUCCCGACUUUGAGAAGCAGCUGGUGCAGCUGGAGCAAGUGAUCAGGUGGAAUGAGAAGGAACUGGAGGAAGAGCAGUUCUGGGAGAGGGAGCUGCAGCUGGAGAAGGAGCGGGAAGGGGAGCUGCAGAGGCACUUGAACAAACUGAAGCAGAGCCUCCGUGACAAUAUGCAGAGGCUGCACGAGAUUAGCAGCAGAACUGAACUCUUGGACAGAGAGAUCCUGCAGGAGGAGGCAGAUCGGGCAAGGAGCCUGGCAACGGCUCACAGAGAAACUCACACUAACGCCAGGGAGGCCAUCGACCGAGUGAGGGCCGAGAUUGAAGCGAAAACACAGCAGAACCAGCAAAUACAGACGUCCCUCAUCGAAGUAGGGAGAACGUUAGAGGAAGCGGACAGAAGAUUGCAGGCAAAAACGCAAGAGCUGGAGGAGUUAAAUAAAGAGCUGAGACAGUGUAAUCUACAACAAUUUAUUCAGCAGACUGGGGGAACACAGACCAAAACUGAAGAGGAGUCGACAACGGAUGAACCAAGCCAACAACAGUUGCCCACUCACUGGAACGGAGACAUUCACAUUUCAGAAUCUGAUCUCCCGCCACGACAGACAGCAAAACAUUUCUUGGGGAAUCCACGAAAUCUCCAGAACCCUCUUGUGUCAAGCUUAAACCCAGAAGAAUAUCAUCAUUGGAUAGUAGGUAGCUGACAAAAGAGCAGGCGCCUGUAUGAAGCUGUAAACUGAAUUCAGGGUGAUAUUGUUAUAAAGUCAUCUCUGCCCAAUCUGGCCUGUACAUUGAGAAAUACAAUCUAUAUUAGGUUGGCUGUUAACGGUCACAUAUUACGUAAAGGAAACUGUACUUCUGAAAUGUUUUAAAAUUACUUUAAGUGUAUAUUCAAAAUAAAGCAGAACUGGAAAGCAA